CAGUACUCCGCAAACCUGAGCAGUGCGCAAACGCACCAACCCACUAAAAAGUAAUAGCGCGAGUUUCGAGACUGUGUGAUUGUGUGUGUGCGUGCGUUCGCUCUGUUAUUCAAUAAUAUGAACAAGUGAAUGUUGUGCUGCCCAAUAUGUUUCUGGUGAUACUGCUGUGGAGUGUUCUCACCCCGGCUUCGGCUCAAGGGGAGAGACAAUGCGGGCACCCUGCCGUCCCUCCAAACGCUCGCGUUUCGCUGUCAGCUGAUGUCAUCGUCCCCGGGACGACGGCGUCGUAUGAGUGCGACGAUGGCUACGAACUGUUCGGGGCGCACCAGCGGGAGUGCACACUUCGGGGCGACUGGACCGCAGAGCAACCGUUCUGUGGCACUAACGUCGCGUUCAGAAAGCCAGCGAACCAGUCGACCACAGUCCGCGGUGGGGCCGCAGCUAAUGGUAAUGACGGCGAAAAAACCACCGAACAUGAUGGGAAACGGUGCACUGAGACACAGAGAGAAGCCUCGCCCUGGUGGCAAGUGGACCUACUGCGGCACUACGCAGUUAAAGUGGUCAGAGUCACCACGCGAGGAUGUUGCGGUCAUCAACCUCUUCAAGACCUUGAGAUCAGGGUCGGCAACAGCAGCUCAGACCUUCAAAGGAACCCACUUUGUGCGUGGUUCCCGGGAACUAUUGACGAAGGUGUGACGAAAACCUUCACGUGUGCUCGACCACUCAUCGGACAACACGUAUUCCUGCAGUUGGUCGGUGUUGAGGGAUCCUUGUCCCUCUGCGAAGUCGAGGUGUUCACCACUGAAGAAUUCUCGAACGACCGCUGUACACCUUCCGGUGCCCCGGCGGACAUCGAACUGGCUGCCUUCAGCAGAAAUUGUUACGAGUUCAACGUGGCCAAGGGCGGGUCCUUCGACGAGGCACGAAAGCAGUGUCGAACCCACGGCGGAGACCUCAUACACGGAUUCCAGGGAGCUACUUACAGCUUCUUGAUCCAGGAGUUGGAACGGCGCAAGUCCAAGCUCAAGACGCAACUGGUGUGGAUCGGGGCACAGAAGGAGCCUGGUCUCACCAGCAGGACUUGGAAGUGGGUUGAUGGUGAAGUGGUAUCGAAGCCGACGUGGGGCAAAGACCAGCCGAACAAUUACAACGGCGAACAGAACUGCGUGGUGCUCGACGGUGGCCGGUCGUGGUCGUGGAAUGAUGUAGGCUGCAACCUGGACUACCUGCACUGGAUCUGCCAGUACCUACCACCAUCUUGCGGCAGCCCGGACAAAUUGCUGAACACCACAAUCGUAGGAAGCAGUUACUUGGUUGGCGCCAGCAUUGAGUACAGAUGUCCUGAAGGUCACAUGCUGUUAGGAGACGGCAUCAGAGAGUGCAAGCAUGAUGGAUUCUGGUCCGGUACAGCACCCAGCUGUAAAUAUGUCAACUGCGGUGGUCUGACUCCUAUCCAAGACGGUGAUGUAACCUUGGUGGACGGAAGAACAACGCAUGAAGCAAAAGCAGUGUAUACCUGCCGAGAGAAUUACACGCUGGUUGGUGACUCUAUUAGGGAGUGCGGGGACGAAGGAAUUUGGAGUGGAGAGGCACCGAAAUGCCUGUUCGAUUGGUGUCCAGAACCACCGCCAGUCGAUGGCGCUAUGGUAUCAAUAAGUGGGCACAAAGCAGGAUCACUCGCAACUUACACUUGCCAGAAUGGGUUCAUACUCUUUGGAUCUCCGAGCGUAAACUGCACUCUUGGCGGCCUUUGGUCAGGCACACCGCCCUCAUGCAAAUACGUGGAUUGCGGCACUCCCGCUCAGGUCCACAAGGGAUCGUUCCGGCUACCCAAUGGCACCACCACUUAUGGCUCCCUGGCUGAAUUCAACUGCGAGCCCGACUACUGGCUCUCUGGUACCGAUAUCCUGGUCUGCAACCGCGACGGAAAGUGGUCUCACGAUAUACCGACUUGUGAACUGAUAUCGUGCCCCGACCCCGAGGUGCCGGCGGGUGGCUACAUGGAAGUUUACGACUACAACGUGCACUCGACAAUCAACUUCCACUGCGAGCGUGGCCACAAACUGAUCGGUAACGCGAACCUCGUCUGCACUUCCGACGGUGAAUGGUCGGGAGAUUCGCCGAAAUGCGAAUAUGUCGACUGCGGAAAACUGCCACCGAUGCCGUACGGAGCCGCGGAGCUGCUGAACGGCACCACGCAUAUGGGCAGCGUGAUCCAGUACUCGUGCACCACCAAGUACAGGCUCGUCGGCCCCGUGAGGAGGUACUGCACCGAAGACUUCCAGUGGAGUGAUUCCUCGCCUAGAUGCGAAGAAAUCCGUUGUCCGGAUCCAGUGGUGGCGGAGAACAGCAUCGUGUCAGUGACCGGGAAUGACAGAAACCACGGCCGGACUCUCAUCCGGACCUCGGUCAGCGCCAACUCAGGCAACACCUACAGGAUCGGCGCUCUGGUCAAAUACAGAUGUGAACGCGGUUAUAAGGUGGUUGGCGAAAGUCUGUCGACAUGCGAGGACAACGGUCAAUGGAGUGGAAUCACACCAAAAUGUCAAUAUGUUGACUGCGGUAACCCGGGCCGCAUCGAGAACGGCAAGGUGACGCUGGCCACCAACAACGCCACGUACUAUGGCGCGGCGGCACUCUACGAAUGCGAAGAGCACUGGCAGCUGAAUGGUGUCUCCAGGCGCUUGUGCCAGGACAACGGUACUUGGAGCUCGGAAGCGCCGAUGUGCAAAGAAAUCACUUGCCCUGAUCCAUCAGUGCAAAUCAAGGGCAGCGUGGGUCUGCAAGUGGCAACGUCCACGUUAAGUAUAGGAGGCGAGGCACAUUACCGCUGCGAGAGAGGCUAUGGUCUGAAGGGUAACCAGACUAGGGUCUGCUUACCUAAAGGACAAUGGAAGGGGGCGCCGCCGGUUUGCAUACCUAUCGACUGCAAGUCGCCCGGUCAGAUCGAAAACGGGCGCAUCAUAAUAUCGAACGGGUCGACGCUGUUCGGCAGCUCCAUAGAGUACCACUGCCUGCCGCAGUUCCAGCGAGUCGGCCCGUUCCUCAGGAAGUGCACGGAGGACGGGCAGUGGUCGGGCGAGGAGCCCUCUUGCGAGCUGGCCACCAACGAGGCGGCCGAGAACGGCACGCUGCCGCUCAGUGUGGGCGUCGGGUGUGGGGUGGUGCUGUUUCUCUUGAUGCUGCUGGGUGUCAUUUAUUUGAGACUACGUAAAGCAACACCGGUGAAGAAUACCGAAAAUAUAGAGGGUGCUGAACGUAAGGAAGAUCAGAACGCGGCCGUCAUGAGCUACGCGACGCUCCACGACACCAACGGCCGACACAUCUACGACCAUGUCACCGACAACGUAUACGACUCGCCUUACAGCGAGAGAAUCGCCGACAACGUCGCGUACGGUAGAAGGAGUGACACCGAGUCGACUUACGAACCCGAGCCCACUGGGCCCAACGCAGUAGUCACUAUCAACGGGGUUGCUGUACGCUGAUUAAUCCAAUACUAAAAGUUACAUUACAAAACACAAAGUUUGUGAAAAUAAUUGAGCAAACUGCUCGAUGAACCAUGAUUUCGAAAAGCGGUAACCGACCGAAAUUUGAUCGUUAGUGUCAUAAAAAAUCAGUCAAAAACUCACUCUUUUAGGCCACGAUAUUCCUGCGGCGAUAUUAAAGCGUUACCUUGGCGUUACUGGACUACGAAAUUUCUGUCUUAAUGGUUACCAUUCCGUUUGACUCGAGUGUUCAAAACGAAACAAUAGGUUAAUUAUUUAGUUUAAGCUCAAAGGAUUCAAGGAUUACAAAAUAAAGAAAGAAAGAUCUGUAUUCUCAGUAAUCACCAACCCUUACUAGGUAUCGAACCAAAGAUGUAAAUGAGUUGGAAUAUUAAUUUAAGAAAAAUAAAAGUAUUUGUAACAUUUUAAAUUUAAUUAAAAUGUGCAGUCCUUUGCAUGAAAAUAAAGCAUAUAAGGUACAUAGAAAUUGUAGAAAAUAAAUAGGGUAUUUAAUGAAAUUGGUAUUUCUGGCAGUGACCUUUUACUAAUAAAAUGUGCCUGUGAUAUCAGCUUCGUUUAAAAAAUCAUUUUGCAAAGGACCACUAAUGCUUGAUAUAAUACUUUCUGUUUAAAUAUUAUACCUAUUACUUCAUAACUCUUUUGUGCUCUUUAAGUUUUUUUUCAAUAUAUUUUCAAAAAUUACUUUAAACGGUCGUAAAUCCUUCAAUGAUAUUAGUUUUGAACCGAAAGUAUUAAAUAAAUAGCAUAAUAGAAAUAUUUAAGACAAUAUUAUUAUAUAUUUAUUGUUAUGUAAAUCAUAUAGGGUUAAGUGAAUAGUAGGAUUGAUGCCAAAAUAAUAUGUACUGCUGUUGCUUUUUAUAACUUGCUAGAAUAACAAUAAGAUGGAUAGUUUUGUUAUUAUUGUUCCUUUUAAUUACGGUUCGCUUAGUGACCGUGUUUUUAAUAUAAUUUUAUCAUGUUCUAUAAUUUGGUACAUUGCCAUUUUUAAACGUUAAUUUACGUAAAAAAAAAUCCAUUUAAAGUAGGUGAUUUAGUAACAUAUUGAGUGUCUUUUAUGCUAAAAAUUCGUGGUGUGAAUUUCAGAUGCGCAUUAAAAAAUAUCGUACAAAAGCUGAUAGUCUCUGCAAUGUUUUUAUUCUUGUACUACAUAUCUAAAAAUCAGUCAAACAGCAGCUUUUUAAGAAAUACACCUUGUAAUUUGUAUGUUAUUAAAUGUAGGUACUAGGUAUUUAUACAACUAUCCAAGUUGUAAUCUUUGUAAAUAGAAUUAUUUUAAUAUAAGAAUGUUAAUUAUAAUCAUAUUCGCCAACAACCCUCACUGCCUAAUGGACUCGAUGUGUAAAAUUAUCCAGUCACAUAAAAAUUAACUGUGAUAAAGGUACAUUGGUAUAGACCAAUCUUAUCAGUGGUAUUUUUAUUGUAAGUAUCUUAUUUUACUCCUGACAUGAAGCAUAUUAUUAUGCAUUACAAAUUUACUUGUUCACAAUUAUCACCUUAAAUAAAUGAUGAGUCUCCCUUCGGUCGACCGUAGGGAGAUCAAUCAUUUAUCUAUAUUAUCACAAUACUCUAACCUUUGAUUAUUUAAAGACUCUUACGAAAUGAUUGGUUAAUUAAUAAGUUGUGUUUAUAAAUACUCCAAAUAUCGAUUACUAUUUUUUCGAAUAAAGUCAAAUAAAUUAUAUACGAAAUAAGUACUCAUACAUUUAAAACAAUUAAACUGAAAAGCCACUUUUAGAAGAUAAUAAAAUCAUUUACAGAUUUUCCUUCUCGUAAAUCAUUAUCACAUUAAAAUGACAGUCCGCAAACUGCAAGAGACGUGAAUGUUUUUUAUGUACAUAUUUUAAUAUCAUUGGCGAUUUAUACAGUAAGUAAAACCUACUUUCCCUGUUAGUUUACAUAAAAAGUUGAAUAAUAGCGAAGUCAUUUUCUAUAAACAUCUGCGAAUAUGCAUUGACCAAGCAUUGACAUAAAUUUUAUAUUGAAAAUAUUGGCAUUAUAAAUCUUUUUCGAUUUUAUGUAAAAUAAUGAUUGCGAGUAUACCUACAACGACACACACAAUGGUGUGGGUAGUUUAGAAAUAUUUUUAUGGGAUAAUUUUACUAAUGUUUUUGUUAUUUUUUACAAUGUACAAUAUACCUAUACAUUUUAAUUUGUAUCUCUCAUAGUACCUACCAUUCGUUAAAUAAAUAUUUUAUGUAAAAGCUCUACUUCUUUCUUUCUCCACCAAAACCCUAUUACAAAAUAGAUAGCUAUAAAGAAAAAUACGUUUAUAAUAGAUGCAUAAUUUUUAUUGUAUAAAAUUGACAAGACACCAAGAAAGGUAACGUAACACACAUAAAUACUAAAUUAACAUUAGUAGAUAUACCAUUUAAUUUACAAUGAUAGGGGUUGUUGGUCAGCAUAUCGGUCAGAUACGUAUAAUUAUUAAGUACCGUCUUUACCAGUAGAGUAUUCUGAGAAUCUUUUGGAUAUGAUUCCUAUUGACACUUUUUUCACCAUUGAGGAGGCCACCGCUGGCUCAGGUCACGACGAGAUGAGAUGAACACUCCAUGACAAAAUAUUAUUAUAAGUAAGUACUAAUUAUCUAUAAGUUAAAAAAAAAACAGUACACAUUUCAUUUUCUAAACAUUAUGGCCGUUUAGACAAAAUUGCUUAAGUAUAUGUUAUCUAUUUAAAUCAUUAUUAUAAUUUUUAUAUCCUAGCUCAUGCUUGUGAAAAUAACAGUUCCAAUGAAUACUACUUAUUAUAAAAGCACUUUUUUUCUCAGUCUGCUGUCUUACCUAAAUAAACGUAAGUAGUUAUUGUACAAAUAUAAAAUACGUUUCUGUAUUACAUCACACGUAUCUAUCUUCAUAAAAUACCUUGAAAAAACCAAAUAAGUAAAUUUGUCUAUUUAACCAUGGCAAAAUAUAUAAAUGUUAUAACAAAACUGAUCAUAUACCUAUUACUUAGGAAAUAAUCGCACAAUCAGAUAUGGACCUAAUGAUAUACCAAAUAGAAGUUGAAGUUCCCAAUACCAAAUAAGUACAAUAAGUCUUUAUAAAAUUUAAGAUACGCUAUGUACCCACCUACUGUUAUAAUAUUGUCUGUCUAUUAUUAAUUUAAUUAUCAUUAUAAUUUACAAAUGCACUUAUAAAAGGCAAAUUCACUACGUACUCUAAGUUAAGUACUAUAGUUUGUGGCCACUGGUCACUGCACAGGAAGAUUUUUGGGAACUAUUUUCUACGCUCUAUAUAAUAGUUUACUUAUCAAUUAAUAUUUAUGAAAAUAUUUUCAUGUCCAGCACUACAGUGGCACAACACAACACAAGCCUCUUAAAUGCAUACAAUAUUUGGUAGGUAUUGAUAUUAGUAUGGAUAUAUAUUAUAGUAGGUGUUGUGUGGCGACAGUUGCGAUUUACAAAAUUCUUAAGAGACCUCUUAAUUGUAGAAAGAAAAACGGUAACUUACAAUACGCAAAUUCGUAUACCAAAUCGAAAAAUUUUCUAUGAAAAUAUGUUACCUGAAUUUACUGACUUGGUUUUAACUGAAACGACACCUAUACAACGGUGUCCAUAUGUUGCAACAUGUUGGCCCAACUUAGUCAAUUUGACCGAGUUAGUUAAUGGUAUAAAGUGUACUGAACCAUAUCACGAACCUAUAUCGAAUUCGAAUAAUUUGCGAGUCCAAAAUGUCAUUGUAAAAUUUUGUAUGGAAACUUGAACAGCAGCGUCACAAAGGACGUAACGAGAACUAAAAAUCAGUACACAUUUGACAAUGACAUUUCAGACUCGCAAAUUAUUCGAAUUCGAUAUUGGUACGUGCUAAUGGUACUAUACCCCUAGCACGAACCAUUAACGAAUUCGAAUAGUUUGCAAACCGAAAUGUCAAUGUCAAAUUUUGUAUGGAAACUUGAACGUAACGAGAACUAAAAAUCGGUACUCAUUUGACAGAUGUUUCGAACUCGCAAACUAUAAGGGUAAUAGCGAUGGGCGUUGAAUUAACGAACGGUUUAAAUAGACGGUUUACGUUCAAUCGACUUCAUUCAUUAACUAGUUAAACUUAGCACGUUUAGAAUAAGUGUGUUCAAGUCGUGAAUUGGUAAGUUUCUAUUCAGUAAUGUUUUACCGUAGCUAGAAAUUCAUGCAUGCAAUCUGAUGAUUCAAGUAGUUAUUUUAACAAUAAAAUAGCUGUGAAAUAAAUUUUAAUAUAAAAUAAAGCUGUCUUUAAUCUUUCCUCGCCUAAAGAGUUAACCCGUGUGAGUAUUAAAUAUACCACAUUAGUUCUUCAGUGCUAGCUUAGUAACUUUUGUCGAGUAAGAAUAAAAUUAGGUCCUUUCUAAAGGACAUCGUGAUCCGAAUUUCAGCUCAAAUCGAAUUCUCCACAAACCGUACGGUUAACCACUCACAUUUUAUCUCGCUCUCCGAACAGACCACAUAAGUUGACCAUCUAGUUGGUCAGUCAGCAAUAAAUGUUCCAACCUUGUGAGUCAGUGCUGCGGUAAGCGGGAGCACGGAGCAGGCAUCCGAUCCGCAUGCAGUUUUUAUGUCAUUUCAUCUCCAUGCUCCCGCUAAAUGCAGCGCAGGCUCUUAAUACUUCGAAUGAUGAUUCCCAGUCAUAUGUAAAAAAAAUCAGAGACCCCAAACACAAUGAUGCAUUGGAAGCAACAUAAAAAUAAAAAAAGGAAAAAUACACAGAAAAAAACAAGCAAAUAAAUUAAAGAAGAAAUUUAUUGUAUUAACUCUUAACUCUCGAAAUAAAUAAACUUUUAUUGAAAAAAAUUAGACCGCUAAGUUAAGGAAGGCUAUAAAUUUAUACAUUACAAUAGUCAUUCUGUCGCCUAUAUAACCUGUUCGUAUGCGUAAAUUACAUUAAUUACAAUUAACCAUUUCAUAAAUUCAUAAUUUAAUUGAGAUUGUACGUUUGUGAUGGUUAUUUAAUUUCAUUUCUCGCAAUACAUUACCACUGAUGUACACUUAUAGGUAACAAUGCUUACCCAUAAUAAAUGUACUCGAGUAAAGUCGAUUGAUUAAUUAUAUUUUAUUAAAGAUUAACAUAACAAUUAAUUUCCAUUUCACUAGAAUUUUUUUUCAAAAGGUUUUGCCAGUCCUUCUCAGUUCAUAAAUACAUAUAAUUAAAAUACAUUGCAGAAUGUAGACAAUUAAUACUAAAGGUUGCUAAUCCCUACCAUCAAACCGUAAUAUUUUAUUUCUACGCCAAUCAUGGCAUAGAAAUAAAAUAUUGGACUGCUUCAUGUUUUGUUACAUCUAAGGCUUGCGCCAUUUAUAUUAAUAAUUUACACCGAAGAGAAAUUAAAAAAUUUGGUAUUACUAACUGGCAUAUCUAUGACAUGGAUAUUAUAUUUUAACAGCAUUUCAAUAUAAAAUUGUCUUAUAAUUUGCGAAGAAUGGAAUUGGAGACUAGUUUGUUUAGUGAAUAGCUAAUUAAACUAAUUUAAUAACCAAAAUACGUCUGAUGUAAUAACAAUUUCAUAUAAGUCGUCGUUUAUUAAUAAGAAAUCAUACCAAGGCUCAACUCGUUUAAAAAAAACAGUUGGUUUUCCGAUUAAAAACGAUGAUUUAAGCAAUGAUAAAGUCACGAUAAAUUGUAAAGAACGAACGCUAUCAUUUAUAAUAUAUUUUUCCUAUUUAAUGACGUAAAUAACACCAACAUUUCUAAAGAACAUCGAUGUACAAUCAAUGCCGUCAAAUCGUUAAAAAUAUAAAACAUUGACUGCAAUUAUCAAUUCUAAAGUAAAAUAGCCAAUUAAUUAUUUAAAAACAACAUUUGUCAAAGUCGAAUAAACACACAUAUUUACGGCGGUAUCUAAUGUGAACUAAGAAGUACCAGCAAAAAAAACUAAGUAAGAACAGUUUUGAUCUGUCUCCUGCUUUGAUUCAUAUAGAGUCAAGUUGUAAAAAUACAGUCGAUACAAAAAAUACCGUGUAAAUCAAUUCAUAUAAUUGGUGAAAAUUUCGACUCAUGGACAUCCUGGUGGCCGAUUAGUUAGCAGUAAGCGGAACCAUGCAGAUUUCUUCAAAAUCAAUUUCAUCGGAAAGUAAAAUGCAAAAAAAAAAAUAUUUAUUUGUCCUCUGGCAUACAAUUCGCUCAAAUAUCUAUGGCACAUAAAAAUUAUAUCGCUAAAUAAAUAAAUACAAGUAAACAUCCUAUUGGUAGUCAUUUUUGUCAGUGUUUAAUAAAUCAUCAAAAUAUGACAAUUACGUGGAAAUAAUAAUCACUUAAAAUUACAUUCUUACAUUAUCAACAAAAUUAUCAAAGUAAUAGAUAAAAACACAUUUGCGAUAUAAUUAUAAUUCUUGCGUAAUAAAUAUUUUUACAUCACAAAUUUUACAGUUGUUGGAAAACCUUUCUCAACGCGAUUGUAUGAAAUCAACCACACUUUCGCUUACUUCUAACGUACAAAAACAGAGCACGGAUGAUCACCGCGUAAUUAAUUAAAAUACCUUAUUAACAUGUCCGCAAUCGUGCAAAAUUGAUAUAUCACAUUUCCAAUUCGUUUUUACUAAUGCUCUUAAAGACACUAUAUUAUAAUACAAAUAUAUGUAUACAUAAGAAUAUAUUAGUAAUUCGAGAUAUAUAACGACACAAAGUAUAUAGAGGCGACCGUUCAAACCGCCCAAAACAAUUUAUUAUGGACUAACCUAAUUUACACUUACCGCAUUUAGGACUACAUCGAAAUAUAAACACAAAAGGACACCUCGAGAACAACAUGAUUAUCAUUAAAUUAUGUAUAUAUUAUAGAUAAACUUUUUUUAUAUAUAAAAAACUCAAUUCAUUCAUUCGUCUAUGGUGCAAACGUGACGGUGCACUAUACAUAUAUCGUUCACAUUUUAUUUUGUCCGCCGACCAUAAGUACAUCUGACGAUAUAAUAAGUACAUAAUACUCAUAAAAAGAAGGCACGUCAAACCAUGAAACUAGACAGAGGUGGCGAUAUACAACAAUUACAAUCUGUGCCGUAUCAAUAGGUCACAACAAAUUGAUUCGCGAACUGUCCAGUGCUCAUAAUUCUUAUUCAAUAAUAAUAUAGGCAACUAGGCUGUGUAUCGAUAAUUUGUAUAUUUCACAUAGGAAGCGUACAUAUUCUAUUGAGUGUUAUACACGGCCAUCUUACUUAGACAGUUUGCUUAUGACUCUGAUGAGCGCUCCGUUCUCGUCUUUUAACCGCUGAUUCUCUGCUUGCAGCGCUUGCUGAUACUGUAAUGCGAUGGAAAAAUAAGCUUUAUCAGUUUUGUAAUAAAGGAUAUAAUAGUUUGUGAACAGAAGUUAUACACUCAAUGUGCCACCUACAAAGGAUUAAGACGAUAUUCUACGAGAGCAGGGUAUGAUCACUCUAGGACUUGUCAAAGGAUAAUGUGGUCACACAACUAAAUUCAUUAUCACAAAAUAAUUGACGAAUAAAAACAAGACGAAAUAAUAGAUUAGAUGACAAAUGCAAUAUUUAUGUACAAAGCGGUGAUGGUUUUUAUUCAGUUUAUUUAAAUAUCCCAAGAACUCGAAUCAAUUAUUGCUGUGGUAUAAAUGGUUCUUAGUUUUUGGUACUGGCAACAUAUUGUUGUUUCAUCUCUGAAUGCAAUUAAUUAGCUAAUUAUAUAACUAUCUUUUUUAUUUGAAGAAAAAUAUAAGAAAACUAACGUUUUAUAGAAACUAAUAAUAUUUAAUAAAAUACUUCCAAAGCGUGAUAUAAAGCGCUUUCAAUAAGAUCAAACUUAAAAUUUUCUUUUUAAUUAUCAUUAUCCAGAAAGCACGUAUAAAUAUGUAGUAUACGAAUAUUAUACAUGUUAAAUCAAGAUAAAAGGUAUAUACGUUUCUAAAGUUUUUAAUAACUUGAAAGUGUUUGUUAAUUUUAUAAAGCUACUAUUACUCCGCUGACUCAGCGACCCGAAGAGGAUCUUGGCCCCCGACACGUUGUGACGCCACUGCUCUAGUGUCUUGUGUAGCUCUCCUUUCUUAUAUCACUUGUAGUCAAAGCUUUUUUGCACGUGCAUGGUACUUUAAAAUUUAUUAUAGGAUUCGUCUGCAAUUCCAAUAGGAAGCCGCUGACUUGGCUUUAGUUGAAGUAAUUACACUCAGCCUAUAGCAGCAAAAGUUACCAGUUUUGAAAAAAGUUACCCACAAAGAUUCAUUACUGAAAAUUACGAAAAGACUUUUAUAACAUAACUGUGCAAGAUGCAAUGACGUUAAAGUGACGUGUAGAAAGUAAUAAUUAACAAUUUAUUAAAGUACAAAAAUCGCAGCCCUAAAAUAUGGCAUUCAUGUAUUUUUUUGCCAAAUAAGGUAUGUCGCGCCAGUAAAUAAAUUAAUCUAAGAUGGCCUACUGUCCCUUUCGCACACAGAAUAGUGUGCGGAAGUAUACGCCAUUUUGACUAUUUUCUGUAAUAGCUCGUGUUAUAUAUAGCUAAAAUAUAUAAUAAAUUUCCGUGCUUUAGCCUUUUAUUCAUCAGGUCACUGCGUUAUUAAAAUGAGUGUGAAGAAACGCAACGCCGCUAACAAUCAACCAACAUGAAUAUUUGGUAUUAAUUUGCUUUCACAGGACUAAACACAUUUUCAUAUUGGCUUAGAUGAAGUAAUAUGACAGUCUUAUGACAUAAUAGCCCAUAACUAACUGCCAAAACAGAACUAUUCCCUCAUCAUUUGUUAUAAAACAAUGGUAUUGAACUGAAUGUUACCAAUCGAUCGAGGAACAUUCUGUAUAUAAUACUUUUAUAGUAUGCUUCUAUAGCAAUAAGCAAGCUGUCGAUAAAUGAUUCAUUUUUUAAAAUUUUUAUUUUAAACAUUAAUCUACUUGAUUCAUAAAGCUAAAGCUAAUUUAAGGAGAAAAUAAUUCCGCCUGCCACCUGAACCGAGUGAACUUUUUCUGGUAUUUUUAUUUUUUAUUUUUUACACUUUGUACGAUGUAUGCUACAAUCACUUGUAUGCUAUUAUCCGACCGCAACUCGACGAUUCUUUGUGAAAUGUGUGUGUGCGCAGUUCGCAUAAAACGUGUCUGUGUCUAUAAAUUGAUGUGACGCCAACUGCUGCGUUACAAAUUACACAACCUAUAAUACCUCGCUGAUUUGCCUACUUGUUAUAUAGGUAACUUAAUUUUUUGGAAUGUAAAACCUUCAAAAAGCAGCUCAACUGUUAAAUCGCUAAAAAGCGAGGUAGGGUUAAAACCACUGUCAAUAAUAGAAACAAAAUAAUACAGUUACAUAAACAUACAGCUAGUGAGCAUAUUCUCUCCAUUCGUUUCUAGACACUAGCAACACUCGCUUCUCAAUGGCUGAUAUUCCCUUAAGGGAAACACAAGGGAAUUCCAGCUUAAUAACCUUAAACUUUGUUGCAUUCAAAGGCGAUAGUCGGUAUUACGGUCUUUUGGAAUCGGAACGCACCAGUGAGCAGUCACACCCAAUGGGUGAAGGGUGCCGUCGCGUCGCAAAUACGGCCACGCAUGCACACACUGCAGUCGAUGCUGUGAGAGCGUCGUGUUUAUUCAGUAAACACACAGCUUAAUUUAUGCGUAGAAAAUGAAUGCACAUUUAGAAAAACAAUUGACGCGACAAACAAUGCAUAUAUUUCAAUAAACAAAAUGAUGUUCAUUAUUUAACAAAACAAAUCGCUAAAAUCUUAUCACCUUAUUACAAAACAUUGACUAACUUAAAAUCCGAUUUAAAGAUUAUGCUGUCACCUUUGUUUGCUACAAAGAAGACAGAGACAGCAUUAGGUGUAAAACCAAGCCUUACUUUAGUCAACGAUUUGAAAAGAGGCGGUUUUUGAUUAAAAGAUGUUUGUUAAAGACUCCACAUUCGCAAACAAAUUUACAAAAAACGGGUAAGACAUGUGUUCACAAUGGCAACCUGAUAAAACACGACGCAUUGGAAACGCGCGCGCACCGAUCUCAAGUUAGACACGUACUAAAUCAUGCUCACUGACACACGGUUAAUAUUACACUGCUCACGCGCGCAUACUAUUGGCUAGUUAUCUCGCUCACACAACCCGACGUAAAAUUUAACACUUAGAAGUUUGAAAAUAGCCACUUUGUUAGGGCUAUAGUAAUUUCGUUUUGCCAAAAACAAACCGAUGCCAUUUCAGUGGAUUUAAAUAUUAUGCAACUUUUAAUAUUAACCUUUAAUAUUAUGCAACUUUUAAUCAACAUAUCUCACUUGACUGAAAUGGUAUUUAAUGAUACUAUUAGCUCAGUUUUAAGCUAUUAAGGUUAGCAAUAUCCAAAACUUGAAAGCUUCACAAAUAGAUCCUAAAGCAUUACACAUAAUAUGCGAAAAAAGAAAACCUAAACACACAAAUGAAUUACAAUUUGUCUACACAUUGUGUUAUGUUGCGUUUAGUUUCGUUGUAGUAACAAAUGCUUAGUCAGCUAGUGAGCUCGGAAACAACAAAGCGAAUAGUACGCCAGCGCGCCGCGAUGGGCCGCCACUGCACCGGCGCAUACUAUGCACAUUUACCUAUUUUGCGGCGGAGUUGGUCAAUUUGCUGACGACCCGCGUUAGCGCGCGGUUCUCAGCUCUCAACCUUUCGUUCUCGGCUUUUAGUUUUUGCAAUUGCUACAAAACGAACACCAACAUUACAACUCAGUCCAUUCCAGGCGGUCGGACGCCAUCUUGUGUUCCCGCCAUCUUGUAUGAACUAUCCGUUUGUUUGAAUUUUAUAAAUUGUACGAGUGUUAUGUAUGUUCCAAGGCUAAUGUAAUGUGCAUAAUAUAUGUCACAACGAAAAAAUAGGUGUUGUUACCUUAAGUUCCUCCUCCAUUUCGGAUAGUUUUCUCUCCAUGGCGCGCUUUUCCCUCUUCUCGAUUUCAGAUAACGAAUUCUGAUUCUGCAAACAAAGAAGAAAAGUUUUUUGAGCAUUUUUAAAUAACUGUUUGCAAUAACGGCAAACAAAUUCACAUAGGUAAUACAAUACUCACAUAAAAAUGGAAAUAAUUCAUGUAAUUAGAAUGCGCAUGAAUAUUCAUAACGACAUAAUGGCUAAGCAUAUAGCAUUCUAGCUAUAUUUUAUUAAAAAAAAUUAAGCUUGUAGCUUUCCGAUAUUUUUUUAAUAUGCGUAGUAUAAAAUAUAAAUAGGAUUUCGCAAUGUAAGCAAAAUGUAUGACAACAAUAAAAAAAAUCGCUAAAUUCGCUAUUGCAAAAGUUGAGCGUGGGAACAAAGCUUUACGAAAAUAACGCCAGUGAAUUUUGAAGAUCAGCGGCAUUCAACUAAUAAUAAGGUGAGAAGGUGCAAUCACUUUGGGAAGGUCACACUGUAGACAGAUCUUAUUAACGUCAGCGUAAGGUAGAAUUUGACAAGUGUAUUUAAAAUGAAUAAUGAGAUGUUUCCGUCAACAGGUGAGGAUAAUUAGUCUGGUAGGUGGGUGUAUAUUUGACAAACGUUUUGAAACAGGGUAAGGACACAGCGGGCAAGAUCAUAUGUCACGGCCGUUCUCGUACACCUCAAAUGCCAUUUUGAAUUUCACAAUUUCCCAUGUAUAGAUGGGCACUUUUGUUGUGUUUAGUCUACAUAUUCUAUGCCAGAAAGGGUUUUAAGUAAUUUUUAUUCAUUUUUUUUCUGUGGACUACAAGUGCUAGCCUACGAUGCCAUCGACUGUAGCGUUUAUACUUAAGUUUACGAAUAAGCGAGUUAUUUGUUACGUUUCACUAUUCACAAAAAUAAUGUCCUCAAAUGCGUUCCCCCCUCCGUUCUACAAACCAAAACAUUUUUAAAUAAAAUAUGAAGAAGCAUUUUCAAGGUGGCAAGCUAGGCACCUUUCUGCUGUAUAAACUGACUUUACGUCAGAAUUCAGCUAAACUUAAGAUUAAUGAGAUUAAAGAUAUUUGCUGUUACAAGAUAAAAAAACACAUCAUGUGUAUAAAGAAUUGAACACGCAAAAGCUUUAAAGUCUUUUUCAUAGUAGAUCAUAGUUGCGGUCGCUGCUAACUUCACAGCCGUCGUAGUUUGAAUCGCAGUUUAUAAAAACAGUCAGGUCAUGGGGACUAGCCAAUUAUAUAGUUUAUGUUUGUUAGCGUUUAGCGUGAAUCAAAACGUCAAAUGUAUGAUAUUUUCAUUUUUGAACGGCAUUUAAUUUUCACGUGAUCAAGGCAUAACUAACGAACUGUCAAGUCAUUUUCUAUGAGUUGCUAACAACGUGACGUUAAAGUAAUUCUAGUAAUCAAACGAGGUUUUGGCAGCUUCGUCUAAUUAUUUGUGAAAAUUAUCGUAAUCGCCAAAGUUUUUCAAAACUCGUGGUUGGGCCUCAUAACGAAUUAAUUUCAAAGCGUUUUCCACUUUCGGGUGGGAGAACUUAUGUUGCGGUGGUAAAUCGUACACCCUGUGUACGUACCACUUGCGUAAGCCUGGUGAUUGUGGCGCGGGCGUCGCGCAGUUGUUGCUCGGACGUGGUCAGCAGGGCUCGGAGACGCCGCACUUCGUUGGCAGACGCCUCGUACAACACUUUGUAGUCUCGAUCCUCGCCAUCCUCUGUGCGUUCGCUGCCAGACUGCGAAAAUAAUGCAAGUGGUAUAUCAAACCUUAUGCCUUCAUACAUUAAGCACAUCACCAGAGAAACAUACAUUAAGAUACGACUUUCUCCCGUAGCAAACAGAAAUCAUUGCGAAAACUUGGCUAUGAAUUAAGUGGUAAAUUAAACUUGAUGCAUACGAGUAUAUACACAAAGGCAUGACAUUCUCCCAUAGCAAAGAUCUCUGCAAAAAGUUGGCUAUGAUUGCAGUGGCAAAUUAAAUUAAACCCUACAAAACAUUUAAGAACGCUUACACCCAUAGUCAGUAUAUAUAAGUGUGAAAAAUGAAAUAUAAUUAAACUGGUAAAUUAAACCGUAAGCAUACUUACAAAAAGCCACAACUUUCUCUAUUAUGUAGGCACAGUUCAUUCCUUUGUACUCAAUCAGAUCCUUACAUAAUAUUUAUUUGUUUCAUCUAUCAUUAUAAGACUUUAAACAUGAUCGCAUAUAUGGGGCUUAUUUGUCAAAAAAAUAUUAGAUAAAGUAGAUUAUGUAAAAGGGCAAAGAAAUACGUUACAAAUACCAUAAUGUCUUUUAAAACAUUGAUGUUUAUUUGAUAUUCUGGUAUCGCGAGCGACUGUGGGUUGAGCUGCAUGGCCAUUCAACAUCAGGCGGGUACAUCAAAAAGUUAAGAUAAAACAUUCUUGUUUUUGUUGACCCGAACAAAUAUCAUGCAAUCCUGCGUAAAGCUGGGUACUCAUUCGCUAAUGACGCUGACAGCUCGCUAGCUGUAACCGUAACAUGCGUCAUGCGUGAUACAGUACGAGGUUCUAGUGUGUACGCUUGUAGCUCAAUUGUAUACGUCGGCUCGCUGCAAACCGCACGCGUACCGCUCGCAGCAGGUUAGCGAACCACGUACACCUAUGCUUUUUGGUUACAGUGCAUGCAACGGUUACGGUUACAGCUCCCUAAUGAGUACCCCGGCUUAACAGUUCAUUGACACAAUAUUCUAUAACGCAGUCUAUUGUCAUACUUUGUAUUGUUUAGAUGUACAUAUUUGAUUAAAAAAGAAAAUUGCCGCUGCAUUCGCUAAGGUAUUUGUGGGAAUCUCUAGUGUGUGUAAAAUCAGUCUGAGAACCUAUGACGCUCACGGGCCUAUUCAAUACAAAUACCCUGCCAAACCAAGAGUUUAAAAGUUUCUAACUGAAUUCACCAAUAAUUAACGGCCCUUGGCAGGCACAGAAAUAUCUAAAAGUGUAGUAAACAGGCAAAUGACCUGCCUUAUGGUAUGUCACAAUAGCCAAUAAUAAAUAUGUAGAGUAUAUUAGGUCUUUCCUACAGCUAGCUACAGUCAUGAUCAUUUUACUAUUUUUUCUUUUUAUGAAAAGUCGUAUACAAAUCACUUAAACGAAAUGUCAGCAGUGAUUUUAAUGAAACUACAAAACUAUUGGAAUGAGUUACUGUUAGGUAUAUAAAAAUAGGUGGACACGUAUUGUCAAUAAUAUAUCCUAUAAAAUGUCAGAUUCGUAGAUCAAAGCCUAAUAUAUUAAUAGAUGUCGCUUGACAGCAUCACGGACCAUAAUUUAUUCAAAUUUAAAUAUUCGUAUAUAAAACAAGACAGUUGGUUAUCGAUACAAUGUAGGAAACAUUAGCCCAAUUGCGAAACCAUCAAUGUCUUUAUGUAUUUAAAAAUAACAAAUUCCCGUGUGUGAUUUUCGAAAAUACAAUAUUCGUUAUUACUUAUCAACAAGGCACCUGGGUCAUAGCAACGCAAAGCACAUGAUGUGCAGGCGAACACAAUCCGUAAAGAUUAGUGUCAUAUUUGUCGCGUGCCUUCGGCCAAACCUCAACGCCACCAAGUCGAUAAAUCAAUCUUACCGUUCAUACGUAAGCCGACCAACAGAUCGUACAACUUGUGAGAAUUCAAAUAAAAUCGGAUGUUUAUGAAUGGGCUCAGUAAUAUUCUAGUAGGGUUUAUUAGAAAAGCAUAGAAAUUACCGCACUAACUCAUAAUUGCCAUUACAUUAUACAAUCAUUACGUUUACAAUAAUAGGUAGUAUAAACUUUUGAGAAAAGUCAUCGAACUCCGCCAUUAUAUUUUAAUAUAAUAUUAAGUUUACACAUGUAAAGGCAGGAUUAAUCAUAAACAAUACAUAGAAUAAGAUUUAAACAUACACAAUAUCCAUCUGAAGCGAGGGAAUUCAGGCUAAGUGUCCUAGAGUUGAGACCUCCAAGCGUCUCCAAUGAGGUGAGAGACCGUGAUUUCUCCUUGCUGAGGCCGAUGGCCUUGCGGCCCUUACGCUCCGGCCUCACUGGCGGCGCCUCGGCCUCCGGGGGCACCUCCACCGCCUUCACCGGGGCUAACGGCACCGGCUUCGGCUUAAAGUUCUUUUGACUCGCUAUCAACCUCUUAUCUAACUUUUUCAACACCGGAGUCAUCAAAUUCAAGGAACCGAGAGUCGCACCGCUCAAAUACACACCCCCGUAACCCGAACUCGUCCCCCCGUAUAUACCCAAGUUGGACGACGGCCUACCGAACCCUGCAGUAUAAGGGUUGUAGUUCCUGUACGCGCUAGGACUUGAGUAAUUAGAAUAAUUGUUUGUGUAGGAAGGACUGUAUUGACUGAGCAUGCUCGGUGAGGAGCCAUAAUGCCCGGUGAGACUCCGGGGCCGCGAACUGUACCUAUCCUGUUUUCGACUCAUUGUACAUGUCACUGAAACGCGGAAUGAAACGAGCCUGGUGUGGCCGAUCGGCGCGCGACAUGAAAACACACUGUGUUCCGAGUUUUAUAAUUCUACGCGAGUGAAAAUAUUGUCGGCGCCCACGCGU